GAGCGUAACAUGACUCUGCAGGACUCUAGGAAAUUCAGAUUUACACACACACUCUUUCAUUGAUGAUAUUUGUAUCACAUGUAUGAGUUCAGGGCACUUUUAAACCAAAAAGAAAUCAUCAUUACACUCAUGGAAAUCACAGCACAUGCAUCAGGUUGUAUGAAUGUGGGUUCUUGGCCAUUUCUCCUUAGAGCUUAGAUAAUCUCUUUCUGUAGAGGUGUUUGUAAAAAUUCAGCUCUGUGAUGUACAAGCAAAUAAUUAUUAUUUUUAUAUAAUAUGUCUGCUGUAGAGAUGUAACAUGACAUUAGAAACAGUGAUUCAAAAAUACCCAUAUCUUGGCCUUUUGAAUAGGGUGGAUUACUGAAUGCAACCUCUGAGCCUAAGGCAUCAAGGGGUUUAAUCCAGUGCCUCUUUUUUCAAGUGAUAACAACAAGAUCUAUUUCUUUAGAGCUCAGUCAGAAGUAGUGAUGUUACUAUCACAUUUAUUUGCUCAUGAAAAUGUUCUUUAAUACUGAGUAUCAGCCAACCUUAAGUGCAAUCCUAGAUUUAUUUUUACCAUGUAAUUUGUUUCUAUAUAUAAUGCAGCUGUAUAGUGCAUACUUAAGCUACAGUAAGCUUACAUUACUACAUUAAAAUUAAUUUAUAGGAAGGAAGGCCUUUUAUGUGCCUAUUCCCAGGGGUUCAUGGUCUCAUAAGCUGUCCAUAAAACAGUCUGUUAAUGGAGCAGCUGCUGCUAAAUUUAUCUCUCAAGAGUCAUGAACCGUCCUCCUCAGUAAUAUCUGUGCAGCUAUCCUGCAAAACUUUGGGGAUGAGAAAUCUUACAGAUCUAAUUGAGACUGCAGUGCUCAGAUAAAACACUCAACUCCAUACAGUUUUAAUUAUUAUCAUUUUGAUUAUUUUGAUUAAAAAAAGAGAUCUUGUUCGUGGAGAAACAAAUAUCAAAUUACACUGGCUUUUGUUGCUUUGUUAAAUGGACUAUUUGCAUGUGAUGUCUAUUAGAGACUUUUUUGAUUGCACAAAUGUAAAAAUGACUUUGGUUCACGAUCCUCUCCAGAACAGCUAGUGGCGGUAAUGCGCCAUUAGGUUGUGUGGCAUAAAAAAGUCACGAAGAAAAAGCAGCAGCAGAAGAAGAAGAAGAAAACAACAAUAACAAGAAUAAAAUGGAGAAAGCUGUGUUUUAUGCUAAGUUUGUUUAUCACCCUUCUUUAUCAGGACGAAAUAGCAGCGGAAUUUAUUUUGCAUAAUUUUCAUACAACAAGAAAAGGACCGUUAAACUGUCUGCCCCUUACCUGUCAGUGCUAACAAGCUAGGCAGUGUAUGCUAGUGAUGCUAGCCUGAGAGCAGCUCAGCUACUGGCUUAGCUUCAGCUUUAAAACACAAAUUAAUCAUUUGAAUUGUGGUGUGACCAGACCAUUUUUCUUCUUCUUUUGAAAUGGAUAGUCAGGACACAACAACAGAGAUUAUAGAGGUGAAUGAGAAUGUUGGAGCUCCAGGAGUCUUGGGAGACGGUAGAAAACAAGAGGCAGAAUCUGCUGAAGAAAGAAAUAAUGAUAAAAACAUAUCUGCCUCCCCAUGUGAGUGUGUUCCCUCCAUGAAUGAGACUCCCAGCAAGAGGACACAGUUGGAGAAUGGCUCUGACUCUCUCACUCUAAUAAAAAAAGCAGUGGUGGUCUUGACCAGACUCCCUGAGUAUAAGAUCAGCGCUCUACGACCUCCAACGCCUCAGCAGUUCUACAGUGAAGACGAGUUGCUCAGCAGCUCUGACUCUGAUAUGGAGUGGGAGCCAGAAGACGAUUCUUGCGAUUCAGAUUUUUCCGUCUCAAACAAGAAACCCAAAAUUACAAAACUGAAGAGUGACACAAUAAGAACACCCGCACCGCCAACAAGCACAAACAGCAACAACAACGCUUUUGCCCAUUGCUCUCAUGAUACCACGAAGGUCCAUCCUAACUUGCCAGAGGAAGAAGUUAAAGUGGACAUGAUGGUGUUGGCUAGGAAGAGGCCCAUGAGAUGGAAACGUGGGAAAAUAGUGGAAAUACUGACAAAGGAAGAUGGACGGUUGAAGUACAAAGUUAGUUUUGAAGAAAAAGGGAAGAGCCUAGUUUCUGGACACCACAUCGCCUUUGACAACACACCGAAGCUGGAGCAGCUGUACGUCGGCGCUCGCGUGGUGGUGCGGGAUCAAGAUAACAAGUUUCGUUUCCAGCCUGGUAUUUUGGCAGAACUCCCCAGUAGAAAGAACCGCUUAAGGUUCUUGGUCUUUAUGGAUGAUCACACUCCAGUCUAUGUUGGUUUACCUUUCCUUCACCUGGUGUGCAGACCAUUGGAAGAUGUUUUAGAGAACAUUCCGGACAGCCAUCACAAGUGUUUCAUUAAGCAGUACCUGAAGGACUGGCCGUACCCACAUGUGACCCAGUACAGAGUUGGACAGUUCUUAAAUGCAGAAUUAAAUGGAGUCCCGCAGAGGUGUGAGGUGCAGGUGGUCGACUGCAGCUUGGUACAGGUCAUUUUUCAGGAUAAUCAACAAAAGGAGUGGAUCUACCGAGGCUCCGUACGACUGGACCAACACAGGGCUAGGAUUUUAGGAUUGAAUGGGGUAGAAGAAUGUAACGAUGACUCUGAAUAAAAGCACAUAGACACAGGUGAAUUAUAAUGCUGCUCUGGAAAAUGAAAAGAAUCCACUUUCAAUAAUAUCCAUCAUUACCGACCUAAAGUGAAUGUGCCAUUGGGGUGUUUGGGAAACAUUUACCAAACUGUGUAGUCACAGACAAGAAUAUUAACUGGCCAGUGUUACAUCAAAUUUAAUUUUUUUUCCAUUAUUGGAAAAAAGAUUAAGCAAAAUACUUGAGGUGAUAUUGUUGGAUCAUUUUGAAGAAGUGGGAGAAGGUGCUACAUUUUGAUGCUAUGGGUUUUGUGAAGCUGGAACAACAGAGUUAGACAUCACUGUAAAUGUUGAAUGUUGUUGAUACUUAUCAUCCUUAAGUUGUAUUAAUAUUAUUUUGAUAUGUCCUGUUUGUCUUUAGUCUCGUCAGUUUCUAAGUUUUGGGAAACACUUUGUCCACCAUAACCCAAAAUGUCAGUGAUUUAAUAUUCAUAUGCACAACAGGCAAUAGCCCUUUAAUUCUUUGUUGUUUUUCCGCAUUUAUUCAGUGAUUUUCCCAGUGCUACCCAAUUUGAUUUCCAGUUAUUUAUCUGUUUUGUACAGCUUCCCCAGCUUUCUUUGUAAUUCUUUUGUUUCUUUUUGUAAAUAAAGAAGAAAGUUGUAUAUUGUACAUUAGUUCAUCAUUUUUAAGUGUUCUAAGAACCACUUCCAGGGAUAUAUUAAAAAUAUAAUUUCUCAA